AUGUUGAAGAGGUAUCAUAGCGAUGGUUCGUACAUAAUUCGUUGGGAUUCGGUUUUGCUAGAUGAGAACUUGACGUAUGAGGAAGUGCCUGUUGCUAUCUUAGAUAGAGAUGUUUGUAAACUAAGAUCGAAGGAAAUAGCCUCCGUGAAAGUUCAGUGGAGGAAUCGCCCAGUUGAGGAAGCUACUUGGGAAACAGAAUCGGAUAUGAGUAGUAAGUAUCCUCAGCUUUUCGCUGGGACAAGGAAAGCAAAUGUUGUAGCAGAUGCUCUCAGCUGUAAAUCUAUGGGUAGCUUGACAGACGUGUAUCCAGAAAGGAAGGAGAUGGUAACAGAGGAGUUGUCUUAUGGGGAGAGCCUCAUAGCUAUACUUGAUCACCAGGUUAGACGGUUACGUACUAAGAAUGUGGCUUCCGUCAAAGUAUUGUGGGGAAAUAAUAAUAAGGAAGAAGUGAGUUCGGAAGCCGAAGACGAAAUGAAGAAUAAGUAUCCUUACUUGUUCCCUAUACCUGCAGGUUGGUAG